CUCUCGUCGCGGAAAGAACUUUGAAAAAUCCAAAUCAAAAUGACCGGUCGUGGUAAAGGAGGAAAGGGAUUGGGAAAAGGUGGCGCCAAACGUCAUCGCAAAGUAUUGCGUGAUAACAUCCAAGGUAUCACCAAGCCAGCCAUCCGUCGUUUGGCUCGUCGAGGCGGUGUCAAGCGUAUCUCAGGCUUGAUCUACGAAGAGACUCGUGGUGUAUUGAAAGUGUUCUUGGAAAACGUCAUUCGUGAUGCCGUCACAUACACCGAACAUGCCAAGCGCAAGACAGUCACCGCCAUGGACGUCGUGUACGCUUUGAAACGCCAAGGCCGUACUUUGUACGGUUUCGGUGGUUAAACGCAUUCCCGAUCUCAACAAAAAUUACAACAAAAUCGGCUCUUUUCAGA